UGCGCGCGCAUCUUAGGCGUGCUUAUGGCUCCAACACAGUGUGUGUGCAAUCUCUCCCUGCCAUUGAGAGGAUAAUAUCUCUAUUACUUGAAUGAGAUGUGAUGGAAUUGUUGACAGACAACGAAGCCUGAAUGUGAUUUUCUAAACAAGGCGAGGAUUUGGUUGCUUUUAGUUCCAUAGUAAGGAUUGACAAGAUUCCCAAACCUUUGGAAGAGAUCUUGAAGCUGCUAUUGUUCCUAUAGAGGUUCUCAUGAUUUUGCUGCUGUCUGCGCACUUCUUCAUUCGCUGUUUAUUAGUCGCUGUGUACGUUGGAAGUCCGCUAGAGAAAAGAGAUUGAGAUGAGCCCAAGAAAGUGGAAAUAAUAUCGCUGUAUUGGGCACUUGGGUACUUAAGUCUGCAAAAUGAACGAAGGUGGCAGAUCGACUGACAAGAACACCGAGGAGGAAGCAAAAGAUUUCAAAGACUUCCCUGAGAGCUUUAACCAGCUGGAAUUGUUGGAAACCCACAGGCAUCUAAUCCCGACAGGAACACAAAGCCUGUGGUCUGGAGAUUCCGACGAGGAAGAUCAGGAAGAAAAAACAGAAGAAUGGUACCAAGCGCAAGAGAAAAAACUGGAAAGCAGCCCAGAUAAGCUGCUUCUUUGGGCAGCUGAAAAAAAUAGGCUUAACACUGUACAAAGGGUCCUGUCUCAGAAUCUUGCUCCGGUCAACGUCCAAGAUGAAGAUCAAUACACCCCUCUCCACCGCGCUGCCUAUAACGGACACUUGGAAAUUGUGCGUGAGCUGAUUGCCCAUGGCGCCGAUGUUCAUGCAUUGACAGUGGACAGUUGGACCCCUCUGCAUAGUGCCUGUAAGUGGAACAACACCAAGAUCGCAUCGUUCUUGCUUCAGCACGGUGCGGAUAUUAAUGCCCAGACCCAUGGUUUGCUGACCCCGUUGCACCUUGCCGCAGGGAACAGGGAAAGCAAGGAAACUCUGGAACUCUUGCUCAUGAAUCGCUAUUUGAAGCCGUAUCUUAAAAACAACUUGGAUGAAACAGCGUACGAUAUUGCUCGAAGGACUGACAUAUAUCACUACCUGUUCGAAAUUGUUGAAAAUUGCACAAAUUCUGUGUCCGAUUCUUAGGAAUUUUGUGAGCGUUUGAAUGUUGGAAACACUGCCUGCGCCUUUGUAAAAACACUUUGUAACUGUACUCAAAUUUGGUGCUUUUCAACCCCCCACCUCUUUGCCAUAGCUUUAUUCCGUGAGAUGCUGGAAAUGGCACCUCAUUUUGUUAUAAUGUCGUUAUUUUUAUAAUAUAUAUGCCAUACAACCCUUAUACUUGUGAAACAUUUCCAUUUUUACUUGAAAUUCUUUGGAGGAACCCACGGUACACUGGGUU